GAAUGUCAGAACCUUCUAAAUAAAUACAGAAAUAUGAACCUGGAACUAGUGACUCGAAUCAUUCGAGAUGGUGGACCAUGGGAGGAUCCAGUAUUACAAGCAAUUCUCAAAGCAAAGCCCGUGUCACAGGAAUUAGUUAACAAAUAUUUAAGCUCUGAAAAUCCACUGUUCUUUGAACUACGUGCCAGAUACCUUAUUGCCUGUGAACGCAUCCCUGAGGCAAUGGCUCUUAUCAAAUCUUGCAUAAAUCAUCCAGAUAUCAGUAAAGAUCUGUAUUUCCAUCAAGCGCUUUUCACCUGUCUUUAUAUGUCACCAUUAGAAGAUCAGCUAUUCCAGGAGCAUUUGUUGAGGACUGAUUGCAAGAGUGGAAUUGAGAUCAUCUGCAACACUGAAAAAGAAGGGAAGACUACCUUAGCCUUACAGCUGUGUGAAUCGUUCCUAGUCCCACAGCUUCAAAAUGGGGACAUGUAUUGUAUAUGGGACCUGAUCUUCAUUUGGAGUAAACUUCAGCUUAAAUCUAACCCAUCAAAACAAGUAUUUGUUGACCAGUGUUACCAGCUUUUGAGAAUUGCUACAAAUGUCAGAGUAAUUUUCCCUUUCAUGAAAGUCAUUAAGGAUGAAGUUGGUGAAGAUGGUCUUCAGAUAUGUGUUGAGAUAUGUGGCUGUGCCCUACAGUUGGACCUCCGUGAAGAUCCCAACAUGAAAAGUCUUAUUUAUAAAGCAAUUGCUCAUUUUCUGCCAAAUGACCUGGAGAUCCUCAGAAUUUGUGCUCUUUCGAUCUUUUUUCUUGAGCGCACCUUGGAAUCUUACUAUACUGUUGAGCACUUGUAUAAAUGUGCAGAUGAAGAAUACAAUGAGUGCAGUAGUUCUGUUCAAAACCGUGUACGUUUUGAAUUGCUUCCAAUUUUGAAAAAAGGGUUGUUUUUUGACCCUGAGUUUUGGAAUUUCUUGAUGAUCAAGCAGAAUUGUUUAGCACUAUUGGGUGAUAAAGCUUUUGAUGGCUUAAGUGAAAGUACUCUGGAAAACUCUACUGGAAAUACAGAGAAGAUAACAGAGUAUAGGGCUCUGAGUGAGGAGCGUGUCUGCUCAACAGAUGUGAGCAAUGGGGAGCUUGAUCCUGAAAACUGUUCUGAAACCCAGUCCAAAGGUAACACCAAAAAGAACCACGAAGCAAGUGAGGAAUCUAAAGUAUCAGAUCUAACUGAACCAAGGCACCGCUGUGUGAUAUGUAACAAGGAAUUUCUUGGUGGUCACAUUGUGAAACACGCACAAGCUCACCAAAAAAAGGGCAGUUUUUCCUGUGUACUUUGCACCAGAAAGUUCAGGCAAAAAGCCCUUAUGCUGAAGCACCUAAGGAACCAUGUCAGGAAGAUAGAAAGGCAACAUCUUGCUGCACUUGAGGCUGGUCAGCAAGCUCCUGCUCCUAAUGAAGUAGAAUGUUCUAAUGUUCCUCAGGCACUAGAAAAUGGGAAUUCUGAUGAUUCCAAAAAUACUGAACCAGAGGCUGCAGUAGCUCCAAGUGCUGACCAAGUGGUCCAAGAGGAGGAGGAGACGGCAGAACAGGUUUUAGAUGUGGUAGAAAACCAUCUAAGUGACCAGGAUGACGCUACUGAAAAUAGUAGUGACAGCUGUUUUAAUAAUGUUCUGGAUGCUUUAAGUACAGAAAGUUUGCCUGAAGAUGAUGAGAGCUCCAAUAAAGAGUCACCUGUUCUGCAUAAAGUAAAUGGAGCAUUUUGCCCUGAAAAAGACAUUGAUGCUUUGGAUGAAGAAGGAACCUUUAAGUGCCCUGCUAAUGGUUGCACUAGAGUGUUUAAAAAGAUAAGAUUCCUCAAUAAACAUGCAAGGAAAACUCAUCCAACUGAUCUGAAAGUGCAGCAGCACAUAAUGAAAUGGAAUAAAGGAAAAUGCCGGUUCUGCCAGAGAAAAUUUGCUGAUUCCCAACAUUUUAUAGACCACCUGAAGAGACAUGUGUAUCCAAAUGUUUACUUUUGUUUACACUUUGAUUGUAAUCAGAGAUUUAAGCUGUCAGCUGAGCUUGCAGAACAUACAAAAAGUCAUAGUACGUUUAAAGCUCAGUGCAAUUUUUCAGACUGUUGUGAGCUAUUUGAGGAGCUGCCUUUGCUGUAUCAACAUGAGGCUCAGCACUAUUUAAAUAAAACACCAGAAUGUUCAGAAGAUGCAAGUGAAAAAGAUUCUUCAGAUGAUCCUUCAGAACUCUGUAGCUACCAAGAUGAUGAUGAAUCUAUUAAUGAAAAAGAAACUGUAGAUUUACCAAUUCCAACUUGGAAGUCAAGGAAGGAUUCUACAGAACCAAAGACAUAUAUUCAAAGUGUGGAGAAGAAAGCAAAUAAUGUAAUUCACAAUGGAAAUGAAAGUUCAUCUGAGGGUAGCACUACAGUUUUAAGUUCAACAGACCAAAAGACACCUGUGUUGCAGCCAAAUUCUGAAAACUGUAAUGUUGUUAGUGACCAAUUAGUCAAUGGGCACAGUGACCUAGAUCAGAUGUCAUCAAAGUCAUCAGAAAUACCUUUGGACAGAGUAGCAGAUGAAGCAAGGACAGAAAAUGGGUCAGUGUUACCAGUUUUACAGAAUUGUCAUGAUGCACCACAAAAUAAUGCUAAUGCUGCUGCUGCCUCACAACUACCUUCUAAACCAAAUCAGACAACAGAGACUACUUCAUAUGGUGUCAUCUUAACAAAACCCUAUGUUAGACCAUUGCCUCCAAGUUAUCUUGAUGAACGAUACAUUAGCAUGCCAAAACGUAGAAAAAUUUUGGCUGAUGAAGUAGAUGCUUAUUCUGAACAAGAUAAAAUUUGUAGCAAAUCAACUGAAAGAUUUAGAUGUGGCAACUGCUUGACCAUCUACUGUAAUUCAGAAGCACUUGAGGCUCACCUUGCACAAAAGAAGUGUCAGACGCUCUUUGGAUUCGAUUCGGAUGAUGAAAGUAAGUCUUACAGUCUUUCUGCGUUGGUUUCUUUGGAGGUAAAUACCAAUCAGAAAAUGGUCUUUGAAAACAGGCAACCUAAUGGAAUAG